AUCCAACAAAAAUAACGAAACAAACUUCUCCCCACACAUUCACCAUUUCUUCCCUUCCUUCUCCUCCAUUUCUUACACUUCCCUUCAUAUUCUGUCGGCACCAAAUUAAAAAACUUUUGUUGAAGAAAAUAUGGAUUCACAAAAUGAUAAUACAUUCAAGAAAUGGGAUAAUCUUUGUUCAGAUAUUACAGAAAAAAAUCCUUUCUUACCUCCCAACUCGUUCUAUAGUUAUUGCUUCCUCUGUAUGCAAAAGCUGGAAUUCAAUAAUAACAUCUUCUUCUUUAACCACCAAAAUCUCAGCUACAAAAAAACCAUGGCUUUUUUUCUGUGGCCAAAACAAUAUUUUUAUCAAAAAUAACCAAGCUUUUGCUUUUGACGCUAAUGCAAAUGAAUGGAUUAUACUUCCUACUUCAACCCUUUUAUCCCAAGAUUUCUUUAUUGGUUCAAAUGGUUUUUUCUUUGCUACAACUUCUCAAAAUUUCAGUUUUAAGCCAAUUCUCAAUGGUACUUGGGCUCAAACUAGUCCUUUGAAAUUCUCUAGGUGUAAUCCUCUUGUUGGUGUUUAUUACAAAGAUGGGUUAAAUCAAGAACCAAGAUUUAUUGUUGUAGGUGGUGUUAGAUUUGUUGGUGGAUUAGUUGAAAUUGAGGACCGUUUGGCUGUGGAAAUUUAUAAUCCAAAUUUGGAUUUUGAUUUUAGGUCAGGUAAUUCAUCACAAUGGUUAUGUUCAGCUUUAUUGAGAGGAAAAUUCUAUGUUUUUGGGAUAUAUUCUUGUUUUAUUACAUGUUUUGAUUUGGACAAAUGUUUGUGGAGUGAAGUUCAAACACUUAGACCACCUGGGAUUUUGUUUUCACUCUUGGUUUCAUGUCAAGAUUGUUUAGUUUUAGGUGGAUUAUGCAAUUCACUAAAUGGACCAAAUUUUAUACUUUGGAAAGUUGAUGAGAAAACAAUAGAGUUUAGUGAAAUUGCAAUAAUGCCACAAGAACUAAUGUAUUGUUUAUUUGAUAGUGAAGAGGAUGACAAAUAUGCUAGUUUAAAAUGUGUUGGAUUAGGGAAUAUUAUUUAUGUAUGCAAUGAAGAGCAUCACAAGAAUUACAAUGCUUGUGUUUGUGAAUUUGGAAAUGAGUUUGGGAAAUGUAGUUGGAGGAAAGUGCCUAAUUUGCCAACAAUUGCUAGUAAAUUUCAUAGAGUGAUUAGCUUUUGUUCAAAUAUUUCCCUUGAUAACAUUCUUCAUGGUGCAAGAAUUUAAGUUUGACAAAUAGCAGAUAUUUGAUAGAAUAGUCGAGGUGAAAUACAAAUUGAUUGGAUGGAACAGUUGAGGUGCGACACAAACUGGCCGAACAUUGAUGUUAUGAAGAAAUAAUAAGUUUCUUUCUACAGUUCCCAUUGACAAUGUUCUUGUGGGUGCAAAGGAAAUUCUUGAUCUGGGGCAUAUUGUUCAAUGAGUCUGAGUUUGGCGUAAACAGUAAAGUUGUUGUCAUGUGACCAGGAGGUCAACGGGUUCGAACCGUAAAAAUAGUAUCUUGUAAAAAUGUAGGGUAGGACUGCGUACAAUAGACCUUUAUGGUCCGACCCUUUCCUGGACCCCACACAUAAAGGAAGCUUAGUGCACCAGACUGUCCUUUUGCUAUGAUCAAUAGAAGCAGUUUUUUCAUGCAUAAUAAUAUAUACUACAUGUUAAGAAAUAAGAUUGAGUACUAGUACUUUUUAUUGUUUCCAUAAUUAUAUGCAAUUAUAGAUAACCCUUUGGUUAUGUUUGGUAGU